AUGUCUCAUCACUCGCGCCCUCCACGAUCCCCCCAGCCUCCAGUGGUAAACAACGACCGCACGUCGGAUCCCAGUUCGAAAUCCAAGACUUCAUCUCUUGGGAGCCAGACUGCCGAAUCUUCGCAACAUUCUUCUCUCUCACCGCCAAGGCGGCCUAAUCCUAAUGGUCAAUCUCCUAGGAAACUACGUUCCCAGUAUCCUCGCGAGUCUUCCGAGAACCAUGUCGAGUAUAUCUUGGUUGCCUCCUUUGACAUCGACCGGGGUCCUGUCAUGGAGCACCAGUACCCUGUCGCGAUAACCGGUGAUGAAAACAUGUUAGCAGAGCUUAUGUUACCAGACCAAGUCCAUUCGCGUACACAAGAUUGGACUAUCUUUUUCUUGCAUAAGGACACGACCCAAGAGGAUGAUGACGAAGAGAAAAAAGACAAGGCAGAACGACGGAAGAGGAGGAAACUAAAAAAGGACAGGGCCGCUGGGAUCAUAAACGGAGAUGACGAUACGAAUGACGAGCAAGACGAAGAUGAGGAAGAUGAUGACUGGGACGAUGAUGAAUCGACCGACUCGGAACCUGAAGGAGGAGAGGGUCCCCCAUUAAUAUACGUAUUAAACUUGGUUUACACGAGACACGACAAAAGCGUGAAGAGAGGCGCUGUAGUCAAAGCGAUGGCUAUAUGUACACGGCACCCCUUUCUACACAUAUAUAAGCCUCUCCUAUUGCUUGCGCUUGAAGAAUAUUAUAAAUCUCCUGUCCCGGAGACGCUGGCGUUGCUCUAUGAAGCCGUCAAUAAUAUGGAUCUGUCCUUAAUGCCAAAGCUCAACUUGCUUGAGAGAUACCUCUUGCAGGCUAGCAGUAAUCAAGAUCUAUUCGUCGAAAAGUUUGAACGAAUGAUACAGAGGCAAAUCGUUCAGGACAAAGCCGAGGGGGUUGGUGAGCCAUUCGACGCAAGUAGGAGUCCUCCUAAGCUACAGGGCAUAUCUCGAGCUGGGACGAAAGCUCAUCUCGAAGGCCAAUCCGCGUACUCAGUUCCACGAGACACUCACGAAUUCGAGAGCAAGGUCAUGUAUAAGGGCAUUCCUAUCCCCGUCAAGGUUCCAACAGCAAUCAUGCCGGAAACAGUUGGGGAUUUUUCACUCAUAAAACUCAUCCAGACCUUUUCAGAGCCGCAUGCAAAGUCGACACAACAAUUUUCUAUACAUACUCACCUAACUACGAACGGCCCAGGAACCCAUCCUAUAAUAGUACUUGCUAAUGCACUUCUGACGCAGAAGAGGAUAAUUUUUGUUGGACAUAAUAUGCCGUCAGGAGAGGUUGCAGAGGCUGUCCUGGCGGCAUGCGCCCUUGCGUCUGGCGGUCUUCUGCGGGGAUUCACUAGACAUGCGUUCCCUUACACAGACCUUACCAAGGUUGACGAUUUGCUGAAGGUUCCUGGCUUUAUUGCUGGAGUUACGAACCCGACUUUUGAGCUGCACCCCGAAUGGUGGGAUCUUCUAUGCGAUCUCCAGACAGGACGGAUGAAGAUUAGCGAGAAGAUUGAACCUGCGCAAAUCACCGAAGGACUUGUAUACUUCCAACAGCAGAACCCGUCCUUUGCGAACAUGCUUAGCGGCUCAUCUAAUACAGCAGCCACGGACUUUACCGGAGAUGUAGUAUUCAUGAAUGACAUACUCAAGAGCAUAACAGCGAGACGUGGAGAACAAGUCAUUCGAGCUAAGUGGAGAGACUGGGUCGUCAGAUUUACUCGGAUAGCCGCAGCCUUCGAAGAAACGGUGUAUGGGGCUAGUGCCCUUUAUAUCGGAGGCGACGAGUUCGAAACUCUUACGGGCGGACAUGGGUACGUAUGGGCGGACGAGGCUGCCAAGCAGAAGGAGCUUGCUGGUAACGUGUGUAGGAUCGAGGGUUGGAGAAAUACCCGAAGCUACUAUAGUUACAUCCAGGACCUCGCCAAAUUAUAUACUAUCCGGCCCCUGAAAGGGAUAGACCUACAUCAUAUGCACGACCGACUCCGGUCUCAACGUCUAACCCCAGCACAGAGUAAAGAAAUAUAUUUGACGUUUGCCCAGUACGUCCACUCGUAUGACGAAAUCAGCCUACUAUUGUCGGUAGCACCCGAGUCCCACGCGGGACUCUUCUACAUAGCCCUCGGACUAUUCCAUAAGGACCGGGACGUUAGGAUCCAGACGUCGGAGCUCGUCGAGCGUAUCAGCGAACACGAAGCCGGCCACCACUGGUGGAAGGGGAUGAGCCGGUUUGAGAAGCUCGCCUUCCACCGGAUACGGCGGGAGGUGGAUGCAGAAAUGAAGAGUAAGCUUGAGAAGGAGAACUCAAGCCCCGUUGAGAAGAGGAACAGCUAG